AUUAGUUCUGACAAAAUGAAACCUCAAGUGGUGAUCUGCAUUUCGUUUGUGGUAGCACUCGGCGCCUUGACCAGUGCUUACAAUGGCGACGGGCAGCCAGGCUGUCGUACCCAAGAGGAAGUGGACAUUGGCAUCUUUCGCGAUAAUUGGGAUGCCACAUCCUACUGGAAGUGCGAGAAGUUAAACGAGCCGGCCAGCCGCUGGCGUUGUCCUUCCGAGACGGGCUUUAUGGAUAGUCUGAAGGAUUGCGUCAAUUGGGAUGAGUGGAAAUGGGAGAAACCGGCCGCACCGCUCAGUGAGGUUGUUGAUGAAUAAGGAAACUCCAAAACAUAGUGACAUAUUAUUAUUGUCAUAAUAUUAAAAGUAAAAUUACGAAAUUGCGCUAAGCGAAAAAAAACGCAACAAAAUGAAUAAUGAAAGCAUAUGUGUAAAAAAUUGAA